CUCGUUCCCAAUCUCAAACUCCGCAACACCAUCCCGACAAUGGUAGCUACAGAGGUCGGUACCGGCGGCGGUGGCUGGAGAGAAAUGAGAAGCUUCAGCCACCAAGUGGUCACCGGCCGCUGGUUCAUGGUCUUCGCGUCUCUGCUGAUCAUGGCCGUCGCCGGCGCUACCUAUAUGUUUGGUUUAUACUCGAAUGACAUCAAGACCUCAUUAGGCUACGACCAGAGCACUCUCAACUUGCUCAGUUUCUUCAAAGACUUGGGUGCCAACGUGGGCGUCUUGGCCGGGCUCAUCAACGAGAUCACUCCUCCUUGGGUGGUCCUCUCCGCUGGGGCCGUCAUGAAUUUCUUCGGCUACUUCAUGAUCUGGCUCGCCGUUACUGGGCGUAUUGCUAAGCCCCAAGUCUGGCAAAUGUGUCUCUACAUCUGCAUUGGUGCUAAUUCCCAGUCUUUUUCCAAUACCGGUGCUUUGGUCACGUGCGUUAAGAACUUCCCCGGAAGCCGUGGCAGCGUUUUGGGACUUCUCAAGGGUUAUGUUGGGCUCAGUGGCGCCAUUAUAACUCAGCUUUACCAUGCCUUCUAUGGCGACGACUCCAAAUCUCUCAUCUUGCUCAUUGCGUGGAUUCCCGCCGCUGUCUCCAUCCUUUUCCUCCCAACAAUUAGGAUAUUGAGCACAACUCGACAACCUAAGGAGCUCAGAGUUUUCUAUAAUCUUCUUUAUAUCUCACUCGGCCUUGCAGGGUUCCUCAUGGUAUUGAUCAUCAUACAGAACAAGCUGAGCUUUACGAGGAUUGAGUAUGUGUUUGAUGGCGUCAUGGUUCUGUUGUUACUUUUUCUCCCACUGGUCGUAGUUUUCAGGGAGGAACUGUACCUCUGGAGAGCCAAAAAGCAAGCCUUGACCAGUACUUCUGGAGUGGUAGUCGUCGCUGAAGCUCCCCCUCCAAUGUCGGAACCACCUCAGCCACAGCUAGAAUCUUCCACCACGACCUCCAAGCCAGAGAAGGAAAGUUCUUGUUUUAGCAACACUUUUAAACCGCCAAAGAGGGGAGAGGACUAUACCAUAUUGCAAGCUAUCUUCAGCAUCGACAUGCUGGUUCUGUUCACUGCCUCCACUUUUAGUGUCGGUGGAACUUUAACUGCCAUUGACAACUUGGGACAAAUAGCAAAAUCGUUGGGAUAUCCGAAUAAGAGCACCUCGACGUUUGUGUCCUUGGUGAGCAUAUGGAACUAUCUGGGACGAGUAGUCUCUGGUUUCACCUCUGAAAUCUUCUUGACCAAAUACAAAUUCCCUCGUCCUUUGAUGCUCUCUCUAAUUAUGCUUCUGUCUUGCGUCGGACAUCUUCUAAUUGCCUUUGGGGUCCCCAAUUCUCUUUACUUCUCUUCCGUGAUUGCCGGGUUUUGCUUCGGAGCACAAUGGCCACUGAUAUUCGCCAUCAUAUCUGAAAUAUUCGGCCUCAAGUAUUACUCCACUCUGCUCAAUAUGGGGGCGGUGGCGAGCCCUGUGGGAGCUUACAUCCUGAACGUGAAAGUGACAGGUUCUUUAUACGACAAGGAGGCGUUGAAACAGUUGCAGGCAAAGGGACUCACAAGGAAAAAAGGGGAAGAUUUAAGUUGCAUCGGAGUUCACUGCUACCGGAUGGCCUUUCUAAUAAUCACAGCAUCGGCGUUUAUAGGGUGUUUGAUUUCUAUCAUAUUGGUAAUCAGGACCAGAAAAUUUUACAAAGGCGACAUGUACAGUAAGUACGGAAUAGAAGUACAGCCUGUGACAACAGCGGGGCCGACAAGUGGCUCUGUUUCCUUAGAGACAGAAUCUCAUGCAAAUGCAACCUUCAGCGCCACCACAAGCGGCGAAGGAGAUUCCGAUAAAAACAGUAGAACGUGAAGGGGGUGGAAUAUAUAGCGCUUAUCUGAUGUUUUGUAUGUUACGAAUUAGAAUAUCUGAUCACUUGUCUCUUGUAGCCAUGAUUGAAGUAUAUGAAUAAUAGAAAAAUGUUUGGCAGCUUGAUCAAACAGUUUACUUUA